AUGCAGCAGGAGCAUUUGUUCAAAGUUCUCGUUAUAGGCGACCUUGGGGUCGGGAAAACGUCAAUCAUCAAGCGUUAUGUCCAUCAGAUAUUUUCUCAACAUUAUCGCGCAACUAUUGGUGUCGAUUUUGCGCUCAAAGUUCUGCACUGGGACAGUGACACCGUUAUACGACUACAGCUUUGGGAUAUUGCCGGACAAGAACGCUAUGGAAAUAUGACUCGUGUGUAUUAUCGGGAGGCAGUGGGAGCUCUGGUGGUGUUUGACGUGACCCGCGCCUCCACAUUUGAUGCCGUGCUCAAGUGGAAGGACGAUCUGGACACUAAGGUCACCCUGAGUCAUGGCAAACCUGUCCCAGCUGUGCUGCUGGCCAACAAGUCCGAUCAAGUCUGCUCCCAGCAGCCCAGACUGGACACGUUCUGUCGGGAAAAUGGAUUUGUGGGAUGGUUUGAGACCUCAGCCAAGGAGAACACUAACAUUGAAGCGGCAGCGAGAUGUCUGGUUGAACAUAUCCUGGCCAAUGAAGAGAGUACAGUCUUGGAUUCAGACCCAGAUGUGCAGGUUCUGCCUGGGUUCAACAACAGCGUUAAAGAAAGAGUUCGCUGUGGAUCAUGUAACAAAUUCUGA